AGCUUUACAAAAUAUUUUGAUGAGUAGUAAUUUUUUAAAACCACUUUCUAUCAAUAUAAUUUGUUAUUAUGAACAUUGUUUAUGUAAGACAAUACAAGCUUCUCAAAUUCUGCUUCAGCAGGUCUAUGAGAAUCUAAUUAUAGUAUGCUAUCAAAAAAUCUCAGUUCUCAGAAUACACAAGUGUGAUUCAAAAUAAAUCAGAGGUCACCUUAUCUAUUAAAAAUAUUCAAUUUUCCCAUUCUAUUUAACUACGCAACUAUUAAAAUUGACAAAAAGUGCAUAACAACUUUGUGAUCAAUAUAAAUUCAAGUUUUUGCCUUUUAUUUUUACUCAAACCCUGUGCGAAUCCAAUGAAGAUCGUUCAAAAUAUUUAAAUUCGUACAAUGACCUUCACCUCGCCGCGGCCGGUAACGCAUUUGUGAAACUGGUUUUACGAAGAAAUUUCUACUGAAAAUCACAUAGGAACCAAGUCGACUCCCUCGGAAUGGUUGUCUAGCUAUCUUAAUGACUAGGGGGGUUUGAAUACUGGCUGUAUACUAUGUGUUUUGGCUUUUGUUAUCCUUCUAGAUGUUAAUAUAUAACCGUUCCGAGACAUAGAUCUACUAUGGUAAAAAAACAAGUUGUCUAAGUCAAAAAAGGACUUUGAAUUCACUCUGGACUUCAAUGUUCUUGGAUAAUUAACAGGUGUCUGCUCUUUCUUUCAUUUUUUCUAUGAUUAUUUGUUUUACAGCUUAUUUUUUUACCUUUUUUCAAUCACUCAUUUCACAAUGGCGGCCCUUUGGAUUUAACUUCAUUUUUAAAAUUUUGUGCAUUCAAUUUUUGAAUGCAUGAAAAUUGAAUUCGAGAAAUUUUGUUUUUUUUUUUCAUCAAAGGGCUAGUCAUUCUUCUUAAUGUUUGUUUUGCUAGUGUUUUUGCACCUUCUUUAACGUGGAGGCAAAUAUAGUUGUUUUAUUUUUUUUCUCUAUUUUUUGUUUCGUAGAUGUUGCCUCUGUGUUUAAACAAUCCCAUUGUUUGAUUGAAAUGGGGUUGUUUUGUCUAAUACCAUUAUAGAUAAUGCUAAUUAUUAACUAUGGAUAGUUAUAAUGUGAUUUUUUAUAAUAAUAAUAUUAAAUAACUGAAACAACGAUUGAAAUAUCAAUAAAACUGAACAUAGAUCAUAUUAUGAGAAUUUAAGCCGAUUAUGAAAUUAUCAAAAAAACACAUUAAUUUUAAUAUUGGAUGCAGUUUUCCUUCAAGUGUAAUUUGGAAAGUUGCAGCUGAUUUUAUGUUUAAGUUUGAGUGUCACUAACAUAAGUGAAAGUCUACAAAAAUCACUUACACUUUUAUAUUUAAAGUACUUUGGAGUUUUGUGUAAUAAUUUUGUCAGUGUUUAUGAUUUUUGUAGAUUUUGUUUUAAUAAAUCGAAAUGUGGAACUUGUACAUCUUCUUAUUACUAUACUUAGAAUUUUAUUAUACUGGUACUUUGCUUGAUUUCGGUUUAUUAUUACAUUUAUUUGUAGGGUGAUGGUCAAAGUGAUGCAAUAUUAUAUUAUUGCAUUACUUUAAUAGUUAUAUCGUACUUAUAUUACGUUAAGAUAACGUCGAUCGCGUGUUACUCCCAAGUAACAGACGAUCCAGGUUUUGCCUUUUUAAUUUAUAUUUUAUUUUUACGAUUGAAUUAAAAAGGUACAUUAAUGAAAUAACAGGAAUGAGACGUUAGUGUGUUAUUAGUUUAAGAUCGAAUGGAGAUUUUCUCAAAUCUUUAUUCCCGUCUGCUCAGCAGACGGUGCAUGCUCAGCUUAUAGAAGGACAGGGAAGUAUGCUAGUAUACAAUUAAUAUUAUACUGUUAUUUAAGAAAAUUUACCUUUCUAAAUCAAUUUUACUAAUUUCGAUAUUUUAAGCAUCCGUUUCACAGGGUUCCUGAUUUUGUUAUGCUUUAACAUUAUGGGGCUUACACAUUCAUAUUUAUUUCUAAAAAUACCCUAAUAUUAAUAAAUUUUUUGUCAGAGUAAAAUGUUCCAAGUUUACUCUGGCAUUCCGUAGUGGGACAGGAUAGAAAUAUAUAAGUAUUUUGUAAAGGGUUUUUUACCAGGAUUUUUGUGUAUUGUCCCGUGUACAAGGUUUUGCUGUUUAUAUGCAGCGUUUAUUGAUUUUGCGUUGUAACAGCUAGUUGGUAUUUUGUGUUGCUAAUCGUUGUUCCACCGACACUUUUUGUUUGUACAUUGAAUAGUCUGGCAUGUACCUAACCGUCAUAGUUUUUUGUUCACACUGCAUGGUUCUGUGUCCUUCGACGCAUUCAUAUCAUAGAUUUAUUUCUCACAAAAAAACGCUUUUUUGCAUUCGCUUGUUAGUAAAACAGCAAAAUGAUUUUGUUAUUAAACCGAUUCGUUUAUCUAACGACAAGAAAUCUUGGUAAACAUGUUUUAGCUAGAUAAUUUACGAUAGUUAAUAUUGUUUUAAAGGAAUGUUCACAAAUGUGCUCACUGUUUGGACGCUAUUGCGUCUUAAUAAUCACUGUUUUUGCAAGGCUGUUGAGUGGAUAUUGAAGUCUGAAACAACAUCAGCCUCGCAAGAAUACAGCCAUAUAUACAAGCUUUGAAGAACUUGAACAAAGGUGGACAAUAUAGAGCAUAGAAGCUUUUGUAUAUGGUUCGAGUGACCUUGUAUAGAGCCCUGGCUACAUAUACUAGGGCACUCGAUUUUAGACAUGUUAUAUAAAUGAAUAUACUAAUGUUUUCCCCGUAAGGUUCAUGAACGUGUGAUAAUUGUUUUGUUAAAGAUGUUCUGCCCAGAUGGCCACACUCGCUGGCUUUUUAUUGGUCAGAAACAUCUGUCAGGACUAGCGAGUGUGACCAUUGGUUAUAGGAAUGCAUUGUAAAUAACAUUUGGUAGGUUUGUGCCUACCAAAUCAUUUGGUCUCCAGUUGCGGAGGUCUGAAUUUUUUUUGUAUGAAUAAAAAAAAUUCAAGGCGUUUGUACCGCGUUGUAUGGACAUCGCUUGUCGUUAACACUGGCGCUAGUGAGCGCGUAAAUGACGCACUCAGCCUCCGUCGUUUACGCUCGCCACGCUGUAGUGUUGCAAAUAAUAUUUUUGGUAGAUUGUGAAUAUAGCAACACAGUCGUGGUCACAUCACUACGUCACGCGUGAAUGCUCGGGCUUGGGUUGCGGCGCGCUGUUGCGCGAACUUGUCCGAUAGAUGGCGUCGCACUGAUGAAUCUAAAUUACACCUUGGUACACGUACAGUUCAGCUAUUCACAUAUCGAAACACAUUCCACUUUAAAGAGGGUACCAUGUGACUAAUUAAUAAUUUAUGAAUAACAUUACUCUUAUCACUUAUACUAUCAUUCAAUUUAGCGACAAUGCAUCACUGAAAGCAAUUAUUGUUUAGUCCCGCGUAGCACCAUCGCAACACAACCGAGGCGAACCUUUCCUGUCGUUCAUUGUCUUGGCAUUUUUCGUGUAGUACGUGUUGCUGUUGAGUCAAUUACAUUCAUUCAAUUUUUAUUGAAUUUUUGUAUGCGAAAAAUUGCAUGAUUCGUAAUUGAUGGGGUACCCUCGUUAAAGUGUCGUAGUCAGUGCGACGUCCGUUCGGGCUAGCGAGUGGGAUGCGAAUGCUAAAGUGUCGAGUUGUUGCAGUCACGCCUCCCCUCGGCGCCUACCCCCAACCCCAGCCCCCGCAAGGGCCCUUCUUGCCGGCUCCGCCGCAUCAGGCAGCGCCGCAGUAUGGAGUGGCGGGUGGUUCGCCCUACGGAGUGGCGUUUGGCGGCGCGGGCGCAGGCGCGGGGGGUGUGUACGCGCCCCCUCCCUACGACCAACUGCAGCACCACCAGGCUAUACCUGCGCUGAGCCAGCAGCUACCAAUGUAUAGUGGUGCAGCAGCCAUGUACGCAGCGGCGGCGGGCUACCCGGGAUAUAUUGGAUACCCGGUGCAAUACUACCCAUACUACCCGGUGCAACCCUCCAUUCAACCCUUGAGGCCAACUAUCAUGAUUCCGAACGGUUUCGAGGCCGGCGGUCGGUUCGAGGGCCUGGCGCAGACGCUGCUGCCGCCCGCGCCGCCCGCCGUGCCGCCCUCCCCCGCGCACCUCGCCGCCAUACAGCCGCACCAAGUGCUGUGGCGUUAAAAACAUGAUUGGCCGUAACCGACGGCGCACCGACGAUACUAAUCUCGUAACACAAGGAUACAACUAGCCUCUAACUACCCUUAUUUUGGAAUGUUUUCUAACGUUAUUUUAAACAGAAUCUCUGCCAGCUUGAAUGUAACUCGAAUAUCUCAAAUACUUUAAAUAAAUACCGAUGUUAGAAAGUUUAAAUAAACUGAUAAAUAAGAAAUCUCCAUUAAAACGUUACUGUAUUUUUACACAAAUGAUAUCAAAAUAAUAUAUGUCUGUACACGAGAUUUAGGGAUAAAUGAUAAAUGUAAAAUAUAUUUUACAUAAUAUUAAUGAAUACAUACAAAUAUACUGCGCAUUCGUCGGUUAUAUCAGCUUAGCCCGAUUUUUGACUGUGAUUUGUUAUUUGCGUUCGUCAUUUGAGUGUAAUAUCUAAAUGUUAAUUUAAUGCUCUCUAUAAUAAAAUAAAAAACCCUCUUUAUUCCGUUUAUAAAAAAUAAUACUACGAUAUAUGCGAAUAAAAAUAUAUCGUGAUGUGAUUUUGGUGUGCAAAAACAUUAAAAUAAACAUUAUGAAUUUCUAUCAUUCAAAUUUUUUUGCAUUCAUGAAAUUUGAACAUUCGUUGAAUGUAAAUGUACAACAUUUUAAUUUUAAUGUUGAAUGCAUUCAAAUGACGAACGUACGGUAGAACAGAUGAGUGAAGCCGGGGGCUCACUAUAGUAUUAGGCGGUUUCGCCUCGAAACUAGCUAUAGACCGCGGGUUUGGGUGCUGUUUGUGGAAAAAUGAACAAAUAAAUAAUACUUUAUUAAGAUAAAGUGUUCAAAAUGUAACGGUAUCGUAGAUUCCCUUUCUAAAAGUGAAAUUGGUAAAAAAACACUAAAUUAAUUCUAAAUCUUUUUGUUAAAAACAAGUUGAAAAAGAUAUCAGUAUUACUGUAUUAAUGAAUAAUCUGCGAUCAGUAGGGAUGUAUUUAGAUUUCGUCUUGCAUAUAUUUAAAAGUAUAAAGAAGUAAUAUUUCAAACUAUCCUCUUACAAAUACUGUGCCUUUAGACAUAUCUUCAAAACUUAGUUGUUUUAUAGCUUUAAAGUAAGGUAGCUACUCGCAUUGUGUUAAAUUUGUAUUUGAUUAUGCUCGCGAUAUUUUUGACUAUCGUUUUGAUGAAUCGCAUCGAAAUAGUUACAUCCCUACGCAGAUAAUUAUCGCACAAAAGCACAAAAAUCCGCGUUUAGUUAUAUAAAGAUUUAAACUGGUUGUGCGUGACACGUGCGAGAGGGACGGCCUGUGUGCGAGCGAGAGAGAAUGAUCGAUAUUUUCCAUUGUAUUUAAUUUGUAUCAUAAGUACGUUUUGUUGUAGUUGUAAGUUGUUGUGUUGUUCUUGCGAUACAAAGAUCUUUGUAUUGCACGAACAUGUUGUUCUAUCCUUGCCGUUUUUUUGUAUUAAAACUUUGUUAAGGUGCUUUUUGGUCGGACAGCAAAACUUACUUAUGAUUACGGGGCCGUGUAACCAAUGGUUGAUUUAUUUUUGUGAUUAUUAAAUACAAAAUUGUCUUGUGCGAACGUAAGCGGCUUUUUGUUAUUUUUGGGCCAAAUUGACGCGCUUUUUUAGUAAAAACGUAUAUUUAACGCUUUCAACUUGAAAUGCAAUUUAAUUGAACUGUUAUCAAAUGACAGUUGUAAACAGUGAUUACACGGAUCCCUCAUUGAUGGUGAGAGUAUAGAAUCUCAAAUGUAUUGAAAUUAUUAUUUAGUUGUAUGGACUGUGUUUAGAUUUCCAGUUAACACUUGACCGCGUUUAUAUUAAAAUAUCUAAUUAACGUGACGUCCAAAAUAAAAAUUUAUGAUGACUAUUUAGUUUUACACUAAAACAAUAUGUAUAAAACUAUAUUUUUCUGCAUUUAUUCAAAAACUAUCCCACCUUUGCACAGUCCGUAGUUCCAGUCUUAUUAUUAAAAGAAUUCAGUCACAAAUACGGUGAUGGCGGACUGAAUCACUUUUGUACUGACAUAACCUUUGUAUUGGAUGAAUAGAACAAUGUAAUGGAAUUUUUGUAUUCACUGAACAUUUGUAUUCAUGUAUUUAAUUUGAAAGCGAUACAGCACGCCUCACCGGGCCUCUUAUAUUUUUACUAGUUUGUGGUAUUUUUAUUAUAUUGCAUUAUUUUUGUUAAUCAUGUUUUUCCGACGUGUGUGCGAUUUUGAAACUCGUGUUUUAGAAUACAAAAAUGUAUAAGAACGUUUAGAUCUGAUAGUUGUUUUAAGGAAAUUUUGGCAGAAACUAGCCAACGCAUUAGUAUCCCAACUUCAAGGGACCAUAGAGAAAAUUGUUUUAACGUUCAAAACCCAAAUAUUGCAGUGAUCUUUAUUUCAUAUUUGAUUAGCUCAUGAAGAAUCUCUUUGCGUAUUAUAUUUAUUUACUUAUAUGCACAAUUUGAACAUAUUGUUAACUAUUUUGUUGUUAUUAAUAUUGCGAAAGAUCCUUUAGAGUUUAGAGACAUCGAAACGUCGUAUGCAUAAAAUAUAAUUAACUUAUUUUUCAUGUUUAGAUUUAUUAACUUCAAAAUUAUUUUAUUUUGUCAAACGAAUGUUGUAUUAUAUAAAUAAAUUACACGCCUAAAGUUUGUGUAUUUCUUAAGUUUAAAUAAAAAAAAUUCUUGCAUAUAAGUAAAUGUAUAAUAAUUGUUGAAUUAAAGUCGUAAGUAAAAGUGGGUUUUGCUCAAUCGUGUGUAUCGACUUCGGAGUCACGUGCAAUAUAUAGCAUAAUUAUUAUUUUGUUUCCAAUAAAACUUAUAAAAAUACAA